AUGUCGAUUGUCGUGUCAUUUCGACCAAUGCAGGCGUAUUAUAUCUUGUCUAUGCGUAUUGCUGAAUGCGUGAUCAUAGACGAACAGAAGAUGACCACAGACUGGAAAUGCGACAGUGACGUUUGUCUCAUCAGCAAUGACGUUAUCUUCGGUGUCAACCAGCCCGGUAUGACAUGGCGCGCGUCAAACUAUUCGCAGUUCUUCGGAAAGAAGUUGAAGGAGGGAUUAAUUUAUAAAUUAGGUACAUUCCCUCUAAGCCGUGAAACGAAGCGAAUGGGAGCAAUUCGAUACGACAAGAACAUUCCCUACCCUCAGAACUUCGAUGCUCGCAGACGUUGGCCGAACUUCAUCUCCCCUGUGGUGGACCAGGGCUGGUGUGGAUCUGACUGGGCUGUGUCAAUUGCUGGUGUUGCUUCUGACAGAUUCGCAAUCCAAUCAAAUGGAGCGGAAGCCCUGGCGCUCAGUCCGCAAACUCUUCUUUCGUGCAACAUCCGUCAGCAACAAGGCUGCAGAGGAGGACAUAUUGAUGUCGCCUGGAACUUCGCUAGAGGGCACGGGUUGGUAGACGAGCGCUGUUUCCCCUACAAAGCAUCCGUUGUACGUUGCCCAUUCAAGCCAAGAGGUAAUCUCAUAGACGAUGGCUGUAGACCUCCAGUGAAGCAGAGGACCUCAAGAUACAAGGUCGGACCUCCCGGCAGGUUGAGCAAGGAAGAGGAUAUUAUGUAUGAUAUCAUGGAGUCAGGUCCAGUACAGGCUGUGAUGACGGUGUACCAAGAUUUCUUCCACUACCGUGAUGGUAUCUAUCGACGAAGCAGACAUGGCGACAAUCGUAUGAAUGGUCUUCACAGUGUGAGGAUUAUUGGAUGGGGUGAGGAGAGAGGCGACAAAUAUUGGACGGUAGCCAACAGUUGGGGCACGGAAUGGGGUGAGAACGGCUACUUCCGCAUCGCCAGAGGAGUGGACGAAUCUGAUAUCGAAUCAUUCGUCGUUACCGUGCUGAGUGACGUCACGGAAGCCAACCAGAAGAAAUAA